GCACCCAGAGCCACACACCUAGGGAGGGACAGGCUCACCUGCAUGCAGGUUAGGCAGGUGAAACAUCUCCCCGGGAAACGAGCAAGAGCACCCCACCUUCUGGGCCCCUUCCGCUCAAAUCGGAUCCAGCACAUUCUCGUAAUGGUGACCUCUGCCUGGGCUAACAGGAAUGAGACUCUGGGCCUGCAGCUGACAAGCAGGAAGUGGAGGCACCAGGUCAUGGUCUGCACCCUCUGACCCCUGACACUGGCCUUCUGCCCUGACCCUGCCUGAUCAAGCCAUGUCUGAACCCACCCAAGCCCCUACCGGCCAGGAGCUGCCCCCAGACAUGCUGGCAGAACAGGUGGAGCUUUGGUGGUCCCAGCAGCCACGGCGCUCCUUGCUGUGCUUCACCAUAGCUGUGGGCCUUGUGGCAGGCUGUGGGGCCGGUGGUGUGGCACUGCUGUCCUCCACCAGUAGCCGCUCUGGUGAGUGGCGCCUAGCAACGGGCACCGUGCUCUGCCUGCUGGCCCUGCUGGUUCUGGUGAAGCAGCUAAUGAGCUCAGCUGUACAGGACAUGAACUGCAUACGCCAAGCCCACCAUGUGGCCCUGCUGCGCAGUGGUGGAGGGGCCGAUGCCCUGGUGGUGCUGCUCAGUGGCCUGGUGCUGCUGGUCACUGGCCUGACCUUGGCUGGGCUGGCUGCUGCCCCUGCUCCUGCUCGGCCCCUGGCUGCCAUGCUAUCUGUGGGCAUUGCCCUGGCUGCCUUGGGCUCCCUCCUGCUGCUGGGCUUGCUGCUGUAUCAAGUAUUUGUGAGCGGACACUGCCCUCCCACCCAUGGGGCAGCCCCUGCCACCCACAGGGGCACUAGCAACAUCUUCAACAUCUCAGGGCAGUUGUCUGCUGGCCAGCGUCACGAGACCACAUCCAGCAUCGCCAGCCUCAUCUGACCACCAGAGCCCUCCUUCACAUACCUGCCUCAGUGUUCCCCGACCUGCUUCAGGGCAUGCAUCUGUAUAUGUGUGUGUGAGAGCAUUUGUGUGAGUGUGUGUGUGUGUGUGUGUGUGUGUGUGUGUGUGUGUGUCCCAGGGCCUUCUGUGCAUGUCGGCCCUCCCAUGGGAUUGUGUCGUCCAGAGCCCUGGUGUACCCACAUAUCCAUAGCACAGGGAGUGUGCCUUCUAAGAACCUCAUGUUUGUGUUCAUGGACUGUCCCUCUGCCUGUCUAGGGUCUCUCUCCAGGCAGAGAAAGGCUUAUGGUCCCUGAAGAGUCUCGACUCCUAUUUCCAACACCCCUCAUCUCUAGUGUGCCUGUGACACCUGGCAGGGAUUUCCACAGGGAUUGCCUUUUGCCCACCCGGGACUGCACAGUGACUGUUUGUCAAGAAGAGCUGUGCAUGCAAAGGAGAGGGAACACGGGCUCCAGAUGCGGACUCACCUGGACGGGAACCCUGCCUGGAACACAAUAGCAGGGCGACACGAGCAAGAGAUUUAGUCUUGCUAGGCUCAGCUUCUCAAGGUUCAGGUUGCUGUCAACUAUGAGGAAUAAAUGUCAUCAUGAAAGGAAGCCCUGGCUCAUAACAGACGUGCAAUAAAAUGGAGGAUGCUA